AUGACGGCAACAACAUUCUCUCAGUUCAAUGGUGACACAGAGGGUCUCGAGGUUGCUCAAGCCUUCUCUGCACAGGUUUCUGGCAAAGUUGUGCUUGUGACCGGCGUGAACCGAGGCGGAAUCGGUUACUCAACAGCUGAGGCUUUGGCGUCACAAGGGCCUUCGCACCUCAUAAUCACCGGCCGCUCUCGUACCAAACUUCAAGAAAGCGUCGAUGCGUUGAAGAGUCUCUAUCCUACAGUGAACUAUGUUAUCAUCCAGUUCGACCUCUCAAGCCAACAGUCAGUUCGCGCCGCUGCUGCGGAACUUCUCUGUCGAGAUGACAUUCCGAAGAUAGACCUGCUCAUUAACAAUGCUGGAGUCGCAUUCCUCCCAGAACGCACGUACAGCCCAGAGAAGAUCGAGAUGCAUUUCGCAACCAAUCAUAUUGGCCAUUUCCUCUUCGCCAGCCUCAUUUUACCAAAGCUUAUUAAGGCCACUGAGGAGAGCCCCAAAGGUGCAACUCGUAUCAUCAACGUGUCCAGUGGAUCGCCAAAGUGGGCGUACAUGAGAUGGAGCGACAUCAACUUUGAGAAGAAGAACAAGGACCUUCCGGAAGAAGAGAGGCCCAACUACGACGUGCAUAGAGCAUGGGGAUCUCUUAAUGUCGAAGAGCUGAGCUACAUUCCUCUGGCGGCGUAUAAUCAGAGCAAAGUCGCCAAUUUACUCUUUAGCAUCGGCGCAAACAAGCGAUGGUACGAGCGUUACGGAAUCUUAUCUCUGGCGGUGUUUCCAGGAUGGAUUGAGACAGAACUCGGCAGACAUAUGCCCUCUGAAGUUCGCGAGGCAAUUUCAAAGGUAGGAAACCAGAGGGGGGUGAAGUACAAGACUCUUCAGGCUGGGGGGUCAACCACUGUUGUUGCGGCGCUGGAUCCCAAACUUGGACCGAGUGAGAGAAGAGAAGGAAAGCAGAAUUAUGGUGUAUUCUUGGAAGAUUGUCAGAUUUGCAGCGGUGCUCAUCCUAAGGCUGAGUCUGACGAAGAGGCGGAGAAGCUUUGGGAGCUGUCUGAAAAACUGAUCAGUGAAACCUCUUGA